AUGCUUACUAUGGUUCCUACAAAUCGUGCAAAGAAGAAUUUCAGUUUGCUAGGUCAAGCUUUUGGAAUUCAUGAACCAAAGAGAAAAGCUUCUGUAGAAGCCUUGAAGAAGAAGAAGAAGAGACUGGCGCGUUUCCUAUCCCAACGACCUCCUUAUUCGACAGCGCACCCACCACAACACUUUCCCGCUUUUGCACCACCACCAAUUCCUUAUGCGCCAACCAUCCCUCAACAGCCUUUUCCGAAUCCAAAUUUCUUUCCUCAAACAACCUCCGGAUUUCCUCCUUUCUACCCUCUUCCUGGAUUUCCUGGAUUUCCUGCUGCACCUGCACCUGUACCUGCACAACAACCCAUGCGAUGGGCGUUUCCACCAAAAGCAUCAAAGCCACCAAAUUUUGAAGAACUUCGAAAAGUUGAAUCUGAUUUUCUUAAGAGAGCGAAGUCAAAGUCAAAAAGAGACGGAGAUAAUGAUGAUCACACAGAGAUAAAGACAACUACAACGACCGUUAUCACCAAGCAUAUUUGUGUCAGCUGCCAAAGAGAUCGUUCUUCUAAAUAUCAUCUUGAUAAUCCAAUCAAGGCUGGCGAGACUCCCACUCCUGGGUUUUGUCGCAGGUGUCGUAGAAGCGCUACCUCUACUAGUGGAUCAAGUAGCGAUGACAGUGAUGACAGUCGUUCAAAUAUUCAUGGAUAUAGAGGAAGAGGAAGAAGAAGAACAAAGGUGAGAAGCUCAAAGAAGAAUUACAGACGCAAACCCAUAUCUCGAGUUCGCUCUAUUGAAUUUCUGAGCCGAGAUGAUGAGAGAAGAGGCAAUGCCCACUCUAACGACCAUCGGCAUGAAAUCAUCGUUGAGGAGGAAGUUACACGCGAACACAAACCCGCACCCAAAGACCCAGCUCGAAAAAACUCUACUGCUAGAGGAGAGCCAAAAGUGAGAAUUAAUAUUACAAAUCGAUCCUUAUCAGUCAGUCCACCAUCAAUCGUCGAUGAUAUUCGAGAAAAGUCAGUCCACUUUAACCAGCAGACGAGGAAAGCAAACGCUACUUCUCAAGCCGCCUCUCGACAAGAUCUCCAUAAAUCAUACAGGUACGUUGAGCCACUUCACUCUGCUGCUCCAUACGAAUCUCUGCCAAGAUCUGUUCGUUUCUCAAAAGAUUCUCUUCCAAAUUUACGUACGAAAGAUGAUGCUCAGCACAGACGUUCUGAGCGUGCAUACCCUGAGCGUGCUUAUGAUCAUGAUAUCCAUGAGCAAAACACGAACACCCUGAAUCACGAAAUGGGCCAAGACACCUGCCUCGCCAUCGCCCGCGCUCCUCUGACGAAGACUUCAUUGUGGUCGAGGACCGAGCAUGAACUACCCAGAUCUCGAACUGAAUUUAGGCAUGAUCUAAGAAGACCACAAGCUAGACGUCACAGUCCUCCACGUACCCCCAUCAGGACUCGAGAAACAUAUAUUACUUCUGAAGUUGAUCAGCAUGGCAAUGAGACGCAGUAUAAGUGGACUACUACAAGCCGAACAAGUUCAAGCUUAAGCUCUCUGAGGAGUUUCGUACCGAGUAUUCGGCGUGCUUCUUCAGAUAUGUAUCAUACUUCAACCAUUCGUCGUUCUUCAGAUUCUAGCGAAGAGUUUAAUAGAGCUUAUGAAAUGGCUCAUCAGAAUUUGCCAAACCCAGGACCUCGUCGUCGUCAACACACCUCCUCGAGCACCAGACCCACCACUCUGAACGGUGAUUGGGACCCUAGAUAUGCGCCCAGAAGUAGAGAUCGUUCAACUUCUCAGAGUAAUUUACCUAAAGUUCCUCAACAUCAGAGCACUCCUCGAAAAAAUCAGGCAUGGAUGGAUGCAUCGACAAUCGAUCAGCUUGAUCAACGCUUGGAACAGAAUCGAAAAUCACGUGUUCAUUCUCGAUCAUCUGAUUCUCAAUCUUCCGGCUCAAUGGUCACCCAAUCCGAUUCUUUCACAACAACCUCAACAUCAGCAGGCUUGUAUGAACUUAGUGCUUCGGAUUCUACACGUUUAUCCAUGAUCCCUCAACCAGUUUCUAUUCGUGACACCACAGACAGUGGGAAUGAAGUUGAAUCGACUCUCGCCGUACCAAGCAUAAAAGCAAUUCUCAAAAAGAAGCCGGUUAUUGAACCUAGCCGUCGUCCUCAUGAACGUGCUGAAUUUUCAAAUUCCAAAGUCGACGAAAAUAGCCAUGCUCCUAUGUUGAGUACGGCAACGCAGCAGUGGUUCCCAACGAAACAAAUCGUCUUAACGCUAACAAUCGCACUCGAGGACGUUGCAGGCAAAGAUGACAAUGCUACCAUCGUUGAUGAUGCUACUGAUCUCACUCUCCGAACAGCUCGUUCUAAGGCUGCUGUGCUUGAUCGUGUCAAGCUUCGACGCCGAGUAUCUUUUCAAGAGAAGCCUGAGUACUCGGCUACUCCUAAGCCAUCUAGAGAAAGUUCUUGGGCAGAGACUACCAACUAUGAUGCGGAGCAGUCAUAUGGUGGCAAUACUUAUACCAAUGAUCAAUCUUGGGAUGCCAAUGCAGAUCAUUCCUAUAGUGCUACUAGUAACGGCUAUCAAUCAUGGGGAGCCCAAGCCACCGAAGAUGACUCUCGGGGUACCAAUACCAAGACCACCGGCAACAAUUCUGGCCAAGCCCUACAGAUACCGAAACUGUCCUUCCAGACAUAG